ACUGUUUGGGGAAAUACCGUAAACAAACCGUCUCCUCUGUCUACUUUGACGAGUGUUUCGGCUUUCCUUGAAGGUGAUUCAGACCGGGAAAACCUCAUUUCGAGCUGUCCCCCGGUUGGACGUGUUGUCCGUGUAGUCGGCAGGAGCGCAGUCCCGGCGCGUGUGACCCGGAGGGAGGACGUUUGGCGCCGACACAUUUUGCAGAUCUGCAGCUGGAGCGCUCUGAAAGACCAUGUCCGAUUUAUUCCUGGUGCUCCUCAUACUCGCCCUCCUGGUGUGUCUGAUCGGGACGGUGGGGGUGUUGCUGGUGUACUCGGGGAUCCUGGCGGAGGUGGUCGUAAAGACGGGCCCCCCGCCGAUCAGAAAUGUCACCAUCGCCUAUAAGUUUAAAGAGGGACCCUACAAGGACUGUGGCGCCGCGUACACGGAGUGCUGCAGCAUCGGGCCGAAGCUCAAGUCCAUUGGUGUCUAUUACGAUGACCCGAAGCAGAGGCCGCCGGAGAAGUGCCGCUACAUAGUGGGUAGCGUCCUGUGUGAGGGUGAAGAAAAGCCAGACGAGGAGCUGCAGAAGAUGUACGAGAAGUAUGGCUUCAAGCUGUUUUCCCUGCCGGAAGUGAGCCACGCUGUGACCACCAGUUUCCCCUCCACCACCCCUCUGUCCUACGUGCUGGGACCGUACCGGGUCUACCCCAGCUUGACGUCGUAUAUCGAGGAGAGGAAGCUGUCUGCGUUCCCGUAUAUGGAGAUCUGUUCUUCAGGCGUCAUCAACUACAUGGUCCCACUGUCUCGCCAGACGGAUUUCUUUGUGCCAGAAAUGAAAGAGGAGUUGAAAACAGAUGUGAAAGAAGAGGACUCUGAUGAGGACAGAGGAACUGACAUUACAGGCGCAGAUUCCCACAGCGACGUCAGCUCAGUGAGCGGCGGCGUGCCCUGGGACAGCAGAGAGACCUCCCUGGCUGCGUCCACGGCCGCCUCCCUGGCCUCCUCCCUGCCUCUCAGAGAUGUGUUGGAUGCAAACGAAGACAUUAAGCACAAGGACCACAGCGACAGAGGCUCCAACGAGUCCAUGGGCAGCGGCUCGUCCUUUGAAGAGCUUGACAUGGAUCAGGAAGAGCAGGAGGAGGGAGAACAGAGGGAGGAGAAGGAAGACGAGAAGGAAGACGGGGAGGAAGAGGAGGAGGAGGAGGAGGAGAAAGUCCCUGAGGGUGAAGAUGGGGCUGGAGAAGCAGCUGAACUGGUGGCUGAGAAGAAGGAGUCCUCUGGGGAUGGAGAAGAGUAGGGAGGAUACUGAGGAGAUAAGGGAUGUAGCCAUGUAACACUGACGGGCUGGAGGAUUCCUUGGCUGUGCUGUUGCUGGUUAUCUGUUGUGUAAUCUUGUUGGUGGAUCUAAAGCUGUUCAUGCCAUGACAAAGAUGCUGUAUUUCUGCGCCUUUCUAAAUCUCCUUUUGAAGCCUGUACUUUUUGUUAUACUGUAAUCUCAGUUUUUAAAAAUAAUUCCUGACAGUAUGUUUAAAUCGCAGCUGCACAGAAAGGAAAAAAAAAAAUAAAAAAAUCCCACCGAGUUGAGUUUUUCUCACCACCAAGUAAGAGGCCAGCUUGAUUCAGUUCGAUAUUUCAUUCCAUUCUUGCUUAAAUCGUUAUUGUUCUGGUUGAGAUCUGGAAUGACACCUCCAGUUUAAGAUUAGCAUCAAAGAGAAUGCAGAGGCGGGGUCUACCCCAGAUCAUCAGACAGUGUGAUUUUUGCCCGUGUGUGACAGUUGAUGUUGUCCUCUGCUGUUCCUGAGGAACUCUGUGUCACGUGUUUGUGUGCGUUACCCGACUGUGGCGUCUCGAUGUAUAGUUAUGAAUGACUGAAGAUGUUCAGGAACUGCUCUUGUAAAGAUGUUGGUGGACCUACCUUAUUUUAUUAUUUACACAGAGGGAAAUUCUGAUGUCUGAGGCCAAAAAAACAAAAAAAACAAAAAAAAACCUGUUAAAAAACAAAAUCAACCAGUGGCACUGGCAGCGCCUCCACACCACCAAGACCGGGAUUUAUAAUCAAACUAAAAGAUGCAAGCUUUUCUCCGGAGACUCUAGAGUAUUUUACUGUCACUCUGCACUCAGAUAAUUGCUUUUUUUAACGUAAAAAGUAAUAUUCCCUUUCUAAAGAUGGUUGUUAAACCACUCAUUACUUCUGUUUUUCAUAUUGUAACCAAAUUCACUCGCGACCACGGACUAGCUGUGACAUGUUUGUAGGUGCUGCAACCUGCCGGCGCAUUACCAUGUUUGUGUCUUUCUGUGAGUAAUAAAAUUUUUAAAUGAAACGUUGAAUUGCGAGGAUCAGUUCUAUGGACUGUAUUAUAACUCUGUAUGUUUACCGUAGUUUCACACUAAAAAUACAAACAAUUCAGUUGGAAUUUUUCAGACACAGUGCCUCACGGUCAGGGUCAUAGGCUGCGGAAAGUCACACCUGGGAUUGAACCAGGUUUUUCUCGCUGUGAGGCCAGCUGGAAAAACUACUACGGCACCGUGUUGUCCAUUGAGGAUUCUUACACAAAAUUGUUAUAAACCACUUCUGAGUUUAUGUUUCCUGGCUGAGGAGGAGAGACUCAGCAGUCAGUUUUCAGUCAAUAAUGAAGCGAUAUACUCCUGAUAAGUUAUGAACCCCUCUCUGAAACGCCAACCGCUUUCAUGUUCUCACAAUGUAAUCAUCGGCUGCUUUGUUUGGGCAUCAAUUCAGAGGCUAAAUAGAAGACAGAUUUGAAGUGCAAAAAAAAAAAAAAGAAAAAA